CAUUCUUUUUCAAUUCAGUCCAAAGCUUCGUCCGAGUCGGUUCGUGAAAUUUUCAACCAAAACAAAAAUAGCUACCAAACGGUGAAAAAUCGUAUCCAAAGUGAUUUAGCGUCGCGCAAAGUAUCCGUUGCAGGUGGCCUCGUCGAAGGGAUAAGCGAUUGUUCGCCGGAAUCGAAAAUUUAAAGUGAAAAAAGCAAUAUAAAAGCUCAGUCGUUUUUCUCGGUAGCGCUUAGCAGCAGCGAAAAUGAUGGAAAAAUUCAAGUCCUCUUUGUACAUCUAUAUGUAGCUGUAGUGGAUCCAGUUCCUCCUACGGUUGUGUGCGUGUGUUCUUGUUCCAUUCAAGUUGUCCCACCAGACGUGGAAAUAUUGCGUGUGUUGACAAAAAUAUCGAAACCCGGAAAAUAUGCUUUGAUUCAUUGCGACUCCUGUUUAUUAUGACUAAGAGCUAGAGCAGUAAAGUAGCCUAGCCGAAGCUUGUUUGUGGAGGCAAAAAGAAGAGCAGCAGUGCGUGACGACGCAUAAUCGAGAAAGACGCCGAAUUGUAAAAGUGGAUUACAGCAAACACCUCUCAUUGAGGAAGUGAAGCGUUUCUAGAGAGCAGUUUCACGCAGAGUGAGUGAGAAUUGGUGAAAGUGAAUGUACAAUAGACUGAAGUAUACAAGCAGAACACUACAGUGUUGUAAAACAAAGACAACAUAAGGAAUAUUUUUUUGGUGAAAGUGAUUUGUGUUACAGGUUUGAAGAAAAGAGUAUCCUAAUUGCUCCGCGGUAAUCUCGUAAAGUUAUCGCCCAACUGUUGACCCAUAUUAAAUGUGCCCGCAGCGUACGCAGAAUUUCAGAAGUCGUCGAAUCGCCAGCACCAAAAUUUUGAAGAAGAGACUCUGUGUGCACCCGACAACCAUGUUCAGAAUCGCCAGAGUCAACAACAGCUUAAUAAGAGAGCGAUCGCCCAAGAUGGUCAAGUACUCAGCACAUCACUUGUUUGCCGCCACGAGUGGGCUUCACCACAGUUGCUAAACGAGUUAUCUCCGCUGUGUGGAGGAUCUUACUGCUGUAAACAGCACACAAGCUUAGUUUUGUAAGCAUAAAGGCAUCGUUCGAGGGUGUAGAAAAUUGUUCAAAAUAAAGUUAAAACCAACAUCUUACCCACUGAUCUUAAAACAUCGUUAAAUAAGCUAAAGUUUCCACACCGUUUAAAUUUCCGAGAAGAAAAACCAACACGAAUACCCACACUUCAUCAUUUCAUCUCGCAUAAAAUCGUCAUCUGUAAGAUUGAUCAAAAUGAAGCUGCUGGAAAGCACCAGUUUCGAGGCAAUCAACAAUGCCCUUCACAUCCUGACCGGCGACAGUACCAUCCAUGGUCGCAUCGAGAGCUACUCCUGCAAGAUGGCAGGCAACGAUAAGGCUCUGUAUAAGCGGUUCACCUCGGAACAGGCGCCCACCGAUUUACAGGCCCUGUCGCCGCCCCAAACCCUGCAGGAUUUUUCGCCUCAGCUCCUGCGUAACUCCUUAUCCGGCGACGAAGGUGUUACACUGUGCGAUACCAUUUCGCGUAAGACGCUGUUCUAUCUGAUCGCGACGCUCAACUCGGCCUUUGAGCCGGACUACGAUUUCAGCGAUGCGAAGAGUCAUGAAUUCAGCAAAGAACCAUCGCUUCAGUGGGUUCUCAACUCGAUCGAGGGAAACCUUUCGGCGGUGGCCGGCGAACAGUACCACAAGAUUCGUUCUGCUCUGUGGUCCACAAUCGAGGAUGAAAUUUCCCUCAAUGACUGCGACAUCUACAGCUACAAUCCUGAUUUGAACUCGGAUCCAUACGGGGAGCCAGGUUGUUUGUGGUCAUUCAACUACUUCUUCUAUAACAAGAAGCUGAAGCGCAUUGUGUUCUUCACAUGUCGGGCCAUCAAGUAAGUAGAUCAUAGAUAUUGUAUAAC